AUGAGAUGCUCAACAGUGAUCUGCCUGGUCAAUGACAAAGGAACAGUGCAGCCGGUCACAGCAACUACAGGUUACCCCUCAGCACAUGAAGAGACUAUGACCUGUGGGAAUAAUUCUCAUCAAUGUACGGAGUUGUGUGAGAUUUGCGACGAGGUGUUUAACGGUCCAACAAUGACGUGCCUCUCUGCGCUGUUUGAGCACAUGUGCCUGCAAGACUUUAAUUCUGCAAUGACUUCGCUAAAUGACUCGGACUGGUGUGUCUGGGGUAAAGUGAACAGUUUAUACAGCGACUUGAGCCUCUGCACAGAGAACAUAUCUGACUGUCUCCGGAUCCCGUGGCCCAAUCCACUGGUGGAGGAGACGUUUGUGAACAUCCAUUCCCAGUUCUUCCAGGAAUGCUCCACAGAGGAGUUCAGUGACCCGCCGCCGCCUAUCGUCUUCGCCCUGGUGAUCACUCCCAUCUGUCUGAUCCCAGUGAUGGUGAGCCUGGUGGUGCUGAAGACCAAAAACGGGGAUGGCACCCCUUAA